GUAAUCUUAAUGUUGCUGCUGGGACACUAAUGCUGCUGCCAUAACGCUAAUAUAGUUAGCUGCGUGUUCACAUUUUCUAAUUAAUCUAAAAUAUGUGCCAGUUACUACGCAGGAUUUGAGCCAUACCGAUAGUUUGCUACACCUUCUCCACAAAACUGCCUUGGAUCAAUCGUAUAGUUACAAACCAUGAGUUCCAACAACGUUUCCCUGUCAAAAGCUGAAUUGGUGGCAGCCAUCGGUGUGACUGCAGGAGCUACAGCUGCGGGCAUCCUCCUCUUCCAGUACCUCUCCAAGGGGUCAGGGGUCAAGCCCAAGGUCAACCUGGACCUGCAGAAAGAUGACCCCAAAGUGGUGCAUGCUUUUGACAUCGAAGAUCUCGGGGACAAGGCGGUAUACUGCAGGUGUUGGAGGUCCAAAAAGUUUCCCUACUGCGAUGGCGCUCAUGCUAAACAUAACGAGGAGACGGGGGAUAACGUCGGUCCCCUCAUCAUGAAGAGGAAGGAGGCCUGAACAAUCAAUCAUCCAUCCAUCCAUUUGAUUCCCAUGACUACCGCUGCUAACAUACGGACGCCAACAAGUGCUCUUCACUACAGAAAGGAUGGUAGAGGUUUGACUCGACACGUGUACACUUGGUAUUUACUCCAAAAUUGAACGGUAACACUCUGUGUUAAUAAGCAAAUAAUCACUUUUUUGGUUGUAAUUUACUGAUUGAUCGAAGCAACACUUAUCACAGGACCAAACCGUUAUAAAAUAUUGUUGAAAUUAGCUGUAAUAAUAUCUAGAAUGAUGGUAGAUUAUUUCAGUGUGAUUAUCGAGGAAACCGGGGCUGUGGAAGUACUGUAAAAUAAAGUGCAGGGCUGGUUGUAUUUAUUUCAUUGAGCUUUGGUCUCUGUACGUUAAGUGAUUUUCAGAAUGCAAAAGACUUGCUUGUAUGUUUGAUCAAUGUCUGCCUUCCCAAUGAUGUUGUUUUUUGUUUUGAUACCAUAGAGAUGUAAAGACAUCACAACGUUGUCUCCGUUCCCUUAUGGUGUAUGUGAACACACGGGCAGCGCCAUUGAGGCCAUCUCCAUUUUGAAGUAGUUCAUUCUCUUCUUCUACUAAUUCUAUGAGUUGGUAAACAAACUGAAAGGGUGUAUACUCCCAUCUGGAGUGGGUUGUUUAAACCCAGGUUGGUGAUUGUACUGCCAUCUGCAGUGAUGGAGUGUGUUUACUCCUGAGUAUAAUUCAUUGGCUGACUCUUCCUCAUGACUUGGAUGGAAUCAUGUGAUCCUUCCUUAACCCAUAGGAAGUCGACUACUUCAAAAUGGUGAAAGUCCUCAAUGGCGCCGCCCAUGCUAAAACAGGCUUUUGGGAUACCAGAGUCCUCUUAUCAUUCUCUAUGGUUGAUACUCGGGGAGUUUUUCCUGACCACGGGACCUGAUCAGGGAUAUCUCUGGACCUUUUGAUUGGAAACCACGACUAGGUACUUUACACAGUUAUAGUCUAUAAAACUAGGGCCCAGAGUUUUUCCAUGCUCAGGUCAUGUGGUUAGGAAAAACGUCUGGUUCUACUGAAGCGUCAAGGAAACUGUGAGGUUUGAUUUGAUCGUUUUGAUUCAACUUGUGAAAUCAAAUUGUGUAAAUAGUGUCAAUUUUCAAUGUAUUUUUUUGGGGAGAUAAAGGUUCUGCAGGUUUCUUAGUUGGAGAUGAAUCAUCGGGAAGGAUUGCUUCGUUGCCCUAAGUUUGUUAACGGUGAAGCAACAAGUCUAAACCUGUUCUAUACUACAUACCAAUUGGAUUCCUGGGUUGUGUUCAGUAGGCAAGAAACAUUUGUGGAAUGUAGUGAAACGAGGAGGUAGCCGACUCGAACAUGAUAAAUACUCGGGUUUUUGUUUUUGAAAAAGGUUUUGCUAUGGUUUACCCUAUUGAUCACAGCCUUGUACUAAACCCGUUUUAGUAGCUGGAUCUGAACUUUUCAUGCAGCACUUCUGCCAAGCAGCUUAUUCAUUCACACCCAAGGGGUGCACAUUUUGGUUUUUGCCCUAGCAUUGCACAGCUGAAUCAAAUAAUGAAUUUAACAAUCAAGCUUAGAUGAUUUGAAUAAGCUGUGUAGUGCCAGGGUAAAAAAGUAAAUGUGCACCCCUGGUGGGGGGGGGGGGUAAGAAUGUGUAGGUAGUGUCUACUGUCUGUGUGACCUCUGAUUUCCACUAUAUGUGAUUCCAUCCAAAUCCAUCACUUAUUUAUCAAUAAUUUUAAAAAACAUAUCGAUGUUCCUCUAGUGCUAGACAGUGUGUUAUUUCCAAAUGCUGUGAGCCAGUUCACACCCAAAGUAAUGUAUUAGAAUGAACCUUACAAUUAAAAACCAAUCAAAGGGAUUCAAUGGAAGGAAUAUGAAAUGUGAACAUGAAGCAUAUGUCCUCUCCCCGAAAGGUGUGCUCAUUCAGAACUUCGUCUCUGGCUGAUGUGUAGGCAGGGUAGCCUAGUGGUUAGAGCGUUGGACUAGUAACCGGAAGGUUGCGAGUCAAACCCCCGAGCUGACAAGGUACAAAUCUGUCGUUCUGCCCCUGAACAGGCAGUUAACCCACUGUUUCCUAGGCCGUCAUUGAAAAUAAGAAUGUGUUUUUAACUGACUUGCCUAGUAAAAUAAAGGUAAAAAUAAUAAAUUAAAAAACUAAAAAUAGGUGAUGCGGUCCUGGAUUAAAUUCGUUCAAAUGUGCUACACUUCAUUAGGUAUGUAGCUUGGUAGCCUACAGUCAUUACAAUGGAAAUAGAGUGGAGUCUUGCCCUGACGACCACUUUCAAAACCAAGGACAGCAACAAUUUCUUUUGACCUAUGAUUUUAAACUUAUUGAUUCACUUUUAAAUGUGUCUAUUUCUGUGUGUGUGCGAUUGUGGGCAUGGCAUGCAUGGGUAAAUCUGAACACUCUUUUUAUUUCAUUUAUUAUUAUUUUUUUUACAGUUGGUGCAAGUUAAAAUAUAAUUAAUGGUUAAUGAUAACUACAGAUGGAGUUAAUUCAAGGGUCUCUAUAUCCAGCCCUUAAUGGUGCCCCUCUUAGAUUAAUGUAGAUAAGAUAACCAAAUAUUUUUAAAUUUUAUUUAACCUUUUAUUUAAUUAACUAGACAAGUCCAGUUAAGGACACAUUCUUAUUUACAAUGACCGCCUACUGGGGAACGACAGAUUUAUUUGACCUUGUCAGCUCGGGGAUUCGAUCUAGCAUCCUUUCGGUUACUGGCCCAACGCUCUAACCAUUAGGCUAUCAGAUCAAUUAAUUAUUUGAGUAAUUCAUCAGUAGAUGAUCUUGAAUAUUAAUUAGCCAAAAGUCACAACGUCGUUGCGUUGUCGACAAGGAACCUGCAAGUAAGCAUUUCGCUGGACAAUGUAUACCAUGCAUAUCCCGUACAUAUGACUAGUACAACUUGAAACUUGAAUUAAAGGGUAACUACACUCAAAAAUCAAAA